AUCUCCAACAAUCCUUUCACACAACCAAUAACCAAGAUGCUCACCCUCUCUUGUGCUUCUUCAACCUCCACCAUUAUCACCCCCAAAACCACCUUCACAUCUUCACCCAUCACCCGCAAAUCUUCCUUCAAUGGCGUCAGAAUCUCUCACCUUCUCCCUCCACCCGCCAUUCGAGCAUCAACCACGCGCCAAUCGGUUGUCAUGAUGGCCAAACGAGAAGAAGAAUUGAAAGAAAUUAGGGCUAAAACCACUGAAGAAAUCAAUGAUGAGAUUGUUGACCUUAAAGGUGAGCUUUUUAUGCUUCGUCUUCAGAGGUCCGCUAGGAACGAGUUCAAGUCCAGUGACUUCCGUCGGAUGCGUAAAAGGGUUGCUCGUAUGCUGACUGUUAAGCGCGAGAGAGAAAUUGACGACGGUAUUGGGAAGAGGCAGUCAAGGAAGCUUGACCGGCAAUGGAGAAAAAGCAUUGUACCAAGACCGCCUCCAUCUCUGCUAAAGUUACAGGAAGAAGAGGCAGCUGAAGAAGCCAAGGAAUCUGCAGCAUCGGCCUAAGUAGUCAAAAUGUAUGUGCCUCGUGUUUUUUGAUUAUCGCGAUUACAAUUGUAGUCGAUUUAGAUCUCUAACUUCAAGAGUAUAAUUUAUCAAUCUUUGAUUAUCUAUCGCGUAAUGAUUGUAUCUUUGUAUUCAAAUGGUCAUGUUAUUUGUGCAUUGUAUAUCAUAUUCCUAGAUUCUGUUUUGGA